UUUUGAUUUAUGCUCCGUUUCCCCGCGUGUCGUCUGAACGGAGACCUCCGCCCCUCCGCGUCCACCGCUCCCCGCUCGACCCGGUCGGUUGAGUCGAAGCGCAAACAUUCAGCGACAGACCUAAAAACACCGACAAUCUGCGAGUGGUGUUUGUGUGGUUGGAAGCAGAGCUAUUCAAGCCCUUCACGUGGACGCCGUAAGUGCAUGAGUAAAUGAAACCCCUUGUUUCCUCGCCCGUCAGACGCUGAUGAGCCCAUGGCGUCGUCCUCUGAGGUGAACGUGCACAUGGAGGAGGUGGUGGUGGUCACGACCCCUGACACCGCCGCUCAGCCUUCGUCCGCCGAGGAGGAGAAGAACAUACUGGUGGCGACGGAUCUGGAGCGGUCCGGGGAAAGCGUUACGGAGCAAAGCAUGGAGGCCGAGAACGAGCCUGACGCCGCCAUCUCCCUUCCCAAGGACACCGUGUUGGUGAAAAUAUCUGAAGAUGCAGACGUCGAGGGGGAUGUUCUCUACCCGAUAACCUGUGGAGACAGCAAAGCCAACCUUGUCUGGAAGAAGUUUGUGUGUCCGGGGAUCAACAUCAAAUGUGUGCAGCUGAACGAGCAUCUCAUCAGUCCCAAGGAUUUUGUCUACAUAGCGGGAAAGUCCACGCUGAAGGACUGGAAGAGAGCCAUUCGUCUUAACGGGACCAUGUUAAGGAAGAUCAUGGACUCGGGUGAGCUGGACUUCUACCAGCACUCCAGACUGUGCUCAAACACCUGCCGCAGUACCAAGAUUGACCUGGUGGGGUCACGAGUGUCUCUCAGCAGCCAGCAGUCCACAGAAACGGCUCCUGCGACCCCCGCCUCCGUGGACGUGAACGGCUCCUCGGCCUCGAUUUCGGUAGAUGCCGGUGACGACAGCACAGAAUGGGUGACGGCUAUCGGAGAGGACACCAUGACCUUCUGGAGGGGAUUGAAGGAUGCUGGGCUGCUGGAGGAGGCGAUGGAGGACCUGCAGAGAGAGAUCCAGGAGAUUCUCAAGGGCCUGGAGGAUAGAAUACAAGACCCGCCGCUUCAGGUCAAAGAUGCCGCCCUGCUCAACAAUAUAGUCCAGAACUUCGGGAUGCUGGAUCUGGUGAAGAAGGUUCUAGCCAGCCACAAGAGCCAGAUGGACCGCUGUAGGGAACAGUACACGCGCAGCUUAGUGGCCCUAGAGCAACAGUGCGACGAGCAUCGCAAGCGCGCCAAAGAGCUGAAGAGCAAAUCGCAGCACCUCAACAACGUCCUGAUGACCUUGACCCCGGUGACCUCGCCUCCCACCGCCAAGCGGCCCCGCCUGACGCGGGCCGUCUCGGGACCCGCCACCGUGGCCUCGGCGCCCGCGCACUUCGCCCUGCCCAUCGCGCAGCUCACCGGCAUCUCGCUGGACAAGAUGCUGUCCGCCCCGACCCAGCCGCCCCUGAUCGGCGGGUACACCGUGCUGACGUCGCCCGGCGGCACCGACCUCCAGUCCGAAGGCUCUAACUUGACCGUGUUGAGCACCGCCGCGGUUCCCCAGGCCUCGGCGGCACCCACUAUCGUCAAAGUGGUCAGCCCCUUUCAGCUGGUCACGCUGCCCUCGGUGGGAGCUGGAGCCGCGGUGCAGAACCUGGCGGCGCCUGUAGGGGGCACUGUAGUCACGGUUCCCGUUAGCACCAUCGGUAGCGUGAACGCUUCCUCUGUGGAGACCGUCGGGCCGCAGGCCGAAGCAGCUACAGAACAGAAACACGACCAGAAGGAGUGAAACACUCCCGUUUCGUUUUUGACGUCAAUUCCCGUGCGUUAUAUUUUCUAUAUUUGUGUAUAGAGAGUGAACUUUUUGCUUUUUUUAUAGUUAAUUUGCAAUUUGUUUUUUUUUUUGCAAAAACAGCCAUGUUGUGGUAAUGAAUGUGUUUUUUACUUUUGAAUUGCGUUUAAUUUAAUUGUAAUCUAAUUACAAUGCGUUAAAAUAUAGCCAGGAGUGUUUCGAUCGAAAGUUCAGCCAAAAAUGAGUCAUCAUUUACCGCCAUCACCCUCAAGUUUUGGGGUUUUUUUAGUACGUUUUAGGAGGUUUUUUUUUCAUACAAUGAACAUCAAUGGCUGCAGUCUACAGUUUGGUUCCAACAUUUUUCAAAACAUUUGUGGUGUUUUUUUGUUGCCGAAGAAAGAAAUUCGUACGUUGAGGAACUCGAGGGCGAGUUAAUGAUGACAGAACUUCGUUUUUCGUUGAACUCUUUCUUUAAGGAUGUUUUUAUGAAAUACAAGGCGGAUUUUGUCCUUUAAAAAGUCAUGGUUGACCAUUGUGUGCAUAAUUUGUGCUUUUGAUGUUUUUUGGACAUAACACUCCAUUAUUUAAACCGUUCGCGUAACAUGUUCCCUUAAAUUUUUUCUAUAUGGAUGUUUCAUCUUAAAUACUUGUUACAGGAAAAUCUGUACUUGACGUAGUCGAUUAUUUAAAAUGCGUUAACCUGGACCGUGACAAUCCUGUCUUUUUAAAUAAAUGCAAAUACAACAAACUGACCUCCUAAACAACGUCAUAGCCGAGAUUAGGGGCUCCAAUUUUUACGAAUUUGAAAAAAAUCCUUGUAGUUUCGCAUUUUUGCAACAUGCUUACCGUAGUAUUACAAGACGUUGCUCAGAAUGGAGAUAAGGUCUGGAGUGUUUUUUCUAUGUAAUUGUUAAGAAAAGACUUUUCGAGUUAAUUUCACAUUUUUGACCAACAGGUGGCGAUGUUUACCUAAACAUUUUUGUGCAAAGCCAGUUUAGGUCUUCAGAUGGACAUGGCCUUAUCUUAUUGGAAUAGAAUAAAAAAUGGUUUGAGCUCAGCAAGAAA